AGGAGAUUGGUUUCUGGGACUGGGAAUAGGGUUUUCUUUUUCAUGCAAAGGAGAAGCAGACCCAUGUGAGCAAAGAUGGAAGGGAUAAAUGAGCUGGGGGGAGUUUGGUGAGAAAAAAAUAGAGGGAUAAGGUUUUGGAUUUUGUGUGUUGGAUUGUAUUAUAUUUCUUUCUUGUUUAGGAAUCUCAGUCAAAUCUCUUACAACAAGAAAACAAAGACCAGGGAGAAGUGAAGAAGCUAUAGUGUGUUAGAGGGUAAAGAUUACAUCUUUUUUGGGGUGUAAUAAUCCAAGCUAUGCCAUUUCCCUUCCUGAAUUAGCUUACCUAGCUCUGGGUGCUUGUCUUUAUCCAGAAGAGUGCAAAGAAGAGAAAAAGAAGCCAAAGCUAGUUUCUUUAGAUUUGAUCGGUUCUUUUUCUUCCAUGGCGAAUCGUUGGUGGGCUGGAAAUGUAGCGAUGGGAGGUCAUGUGGACUCUGUCACCUCAACACCGCCGUCUCUUCAUCUGAGGAACUCUGAAGUCGAAGACCACAACAACACACCCACCAACAGCAGCAACAGCAAUCCGAACACAACUCCAACUCAGCCUAAGCAAGAGGUCGACCAGGACAGCCGUGACAACGAUCGAGAACUCGACAACCAAGAACCUAGCUCCGGCGGCCACGACAGCCUCGAGCCUGGAUCCAGCAACCGCCGCCCCAGAGGCCGGCCACCCGGCUCGAAAAACAAGCCGAAACCGCCGAUAAUCAUCACCAAAGAGUCUCCCAACGCUCUCCGGAGCCAUGUUUUGGAAAUCAGCAGCGGUACCGACAUCGUCGACAGCAUUGCCACCUUUGCGCAGCGCAGGCACAGAGGAGUCUCCGUCUUGAGCGGCAGCGGCAUUGUUUCUAACGUCACUCUUCGUCAGCCGGCCGCGCCGAGCGGAAUCAUAACUCUCCAUGGAAGGUUCGAGAUUCUGUCCUUAAACGGUGCCGUUCUGCCUGCACCGUCGCCACCUGGGGCUAGUGGCCUGACGGUGUACUUAGGCGGAGGGCAGGGACAGGUGGUUGGUGGGACAGUUGUUGGAGCAUUGGUGGCUUCCGGGCCAGUGAUGAUCAUUGCGGCAACGUUCACUAAUGCAACUUAUGAAAGACUGCCGCUUGAGGAUGAGAGCAAUGAAGGGAUGCAACAGCAACAGCAACAGCGGCAGCAGCAGCAAUCCGGUGUGAAUUCGGCAGGGACUGCAGGGAAUUCGGGGUGUCAGGGAUUGAGUGAUCCUCAGCAGCAACAGCAACAAGUUCCCAUUUACGCUUUGCCUCCAACUUUGCUUCCAAAUGGUCAGAUGCCGCCUGAUGUGUACUGGGGUCCUCCACCGAGGCCUCCGCCAUCCUACUGAGGAAGAAGGGUGGAUGGAUGGUUUGAUCUUCACUGACUCUUUUUGAUUUUGUGCAAAAUGUUUCGGCAGCUUCAUUCUGUAGGAUUCUAGGCACAGCAAGCAAGGUUAGACUAGCUAUUUUGUUCAUUAUAUCUUUUGCUUGUGAAGGAACUCUAUAUUUAGCUUGGUUUUAGGUUGCGGAUUUAGCUUAGCUAUGAUGUUUUAAAAUCUGGUGGAUGUCUUUGUUCCUUGUUGUUUGGCUUCAUUUUCUUGUGGAAAAUGACAAUCAUGGAUGGUGUAGCUUAGGCAAAGAAGAAAGUAUUAAUCAAAAAAUGAAAGUUGGAACUCU